UGCGCGGGAGUUUAUUGUUGGUCUCUAGAAGAGGGCUAGAAGGCUUCGUUUUUAUAUCUAAUAUAAACUAAUAACAUUGUAGUAAUUUGCACAGAAUGUCUCAAUUUAGCGAAGUGGAUUUGCCGCCGAAACUGUCAUCUCUCAAAAAUAUGGACACUUUGCUUCGGUGUCCAAUAUGUUUUGAGUUUCUCAACAUCAGUAUGAUGACUUCGUGUUCACACAACUUUUGUUCUCUCUGCAUACGAAAAUUUCUUUCUUAUAAGCUGCUGUGUCCUGUUUGUAACGUGCCAACUACAGAGCAAGACCUAAGGAACAACAGAUUAUUAGACGACGUGGUUCAGAGCUUCCAAGCUGCUAGGCAACAGCUGUGUCAGACCCAUUUUGAAUCACCCCCCAUAUCCCCUGAAACCCCAGCUGUGAUGGUCAAAGGCAAAUCAGCACGCAAAAGAGGUCUCAAAAAGGAAGCCGGCAGCCUCAGUCAAUUCUUCCAGAAAAAGACCCCCACGACUCCUUUGUCAAAGAUCCAGUCGAACCUUGAAUGUCACUUCUCACUCAAAGAAGAACCAAUGGAGGUGUGUGUUCAGCAACCAGUCCGAUUUAAGCAUGAAAAUGUGGAGGAAACAAUUACAAAGAUGAAAGAGGAAAAGAUGGAUGUGCCUGAUUUGCCUUCCACAUCACAAGACAUUAAGGCCGUGGUUAAAGUGGAAUGUCCUGUCUGUGGAGUGGGUGUGUCCCAGCAACACAUAAACAAACAUCUAGACAUGUGCUUGAGUCGAGAUGAUAAGAAGGAAGGAUUGAGAAGUGGCAGAAGACGAAAAGCGAUGCCCAAGCUUUUGUACACUCUGAUCAGUGUUCCUAAGAUGAAGAAGAUGCUGAAGGAGUGCCACCUGUCCACACAGGGCAACAGGGAGCAGCUCGUUCGACGGCACCAGGACUUCACCCAAACUUAUAAUGCCCAGUGUGACUCGCUCAACCCCAAAUCGGCUGAAGAUAUUGCCAAAGAAAUUGAAAGCAAUGAGAGAUUACGGAAUCAACUGGACAGCAAGAGGAAACCUGCAUUAGUCACAACGAAAAAUCAAACAGCUGAAGAAAUUGAGGAGUUACACUCUGUGUACCGUAAGCAGCACAGUUGUGAAUUCUCCCGUUUAAUUGCCCAGGUCAAAGGUCAUCUGGAGACGUCAAAGAAGACACCGAUCAAACAGGAAGACGGGAAGUCAGCUGAUGAGACGGUCUCAGAAGCUGCGCAUAGCAUUCAAAACACAGUCCAGGCUCAUGCUUCCACGAUGCAAAAGGUGAAGAGUGAAGUGAAGAAUGAGGUGAUGGAGCUAUCGUCAAGAUCACCAAGCACCGCAAUCAGACCCGUGUCACUCAGCAGAGGUGUGGAAAGCGAUUCUACCCCACAGAAGUCCAGAACAGCUGCUAACAGAAAGAGAUCUAAACUCCCACCGGGACCCUGACGAGAGACAACGCUUAACUAUAUUAUGUAACAGUAUUGGUUUCAAGAAUUUUCUAAGCUAAAUCUGUUAUCUAGAUAUCAGACUGAAUGCCAUUUGUUAUACACAAUGUAUAUAGUAGUUUUAUUUUCAAUUUUUUAUUCCAUCAGUUUUCUAAAAUAAUAAAAGGAAAAAACAAGUGCUGUGUUAACAAAAUGUUGUUAAAGCAUAAAUCUUGCCACAGCGUUUUUUUGAACUUCCCAAAUGUAGUCAAUGGUAGGGGGUUUUCUCACGUGAAAGCUUUUGAGGUUUAUCCAAGACCAAACAUGCAAAAAUAUGCAUUUACAGUAAUGGCCCAAAGUGUGGGUAUAUUUGUACUAUAUUUACUUUAAUUGCCCUUUCAGGUUCGAUUAAACUUUAAAAAUAUGA